AUGCUAAGGUUAAUUUUUAUUGUAAGCUUCGCGCUUUGUGAAUUAGUUUCAGGCCAAGAGUUCGACUGUCCGGACAAAAAUGGAUACUACCCGGACCCGUACCAGUGUGACCUUUAUUACAAAUGCAACAAAGGUGUAGCGGAAACGAAGCUAUGCCCUGACGGGUUGGUCUUCUCUGACGAACAUCCUAACAAGGAACUUUGUGAUAUCCCGUCCAACGUAGACUGCGGGGACAGAAGAGAACUACAGGAAGCCAAACCUACAAAGGGUUGCCCACGACAAAAUGGAUACUUCAAGCAUCCGGAUCCUCAGGCAUGUGACAAGUUCUAUUACUGCUCCGACGGUGUGCCAUACGAACAUCCUUGCCCGCCCGGCCUAUACUUCGAUGAGGAAACCUCUAACUGUGACUGGAAGGAUGUUGUCCACCGUACUUGCGACCACAUCACUAAAGAUGUCCUCGACGAUGGUUUUUCUUGUCCGGACGGUGAAGUAGCAGGCCCCAAUGGGCGUGCACUUCCACACCCAACCUUCCCCCACCCUGAAGAUUGUCAGAAAUUCUACAUCUGCCGCAAUGGCGUCCAGCCGCAGAAAGGCAGCUGUCCUUCCGGAAAGGUGUACAAUGAAGAUACUUUCAUGUGCGAUGACCCUGAGAAAGUUCCUGGAUGUGAAAACUAUUAUGAAGGUCAGCCUUUGGAGAAGAACAAAUUACCGAAGAAGGCGUAA